AUGCUUUUACUAUGGGACGACACUGACAAGGUGGAUGUGAUUGUGAACACAACACAAUCCACUUUGAAUCUCAACACUGGUGCAGUUUCUAAAUCCAUAUUGCUAGCAGGAGGAAUGAGGCUUCAGCAAGAAAUCAAUAGCCAAAAAAUGAGUGGCAUUACUACUAAUGAAGGGGAUGUUAUUGUAACCAGUGGAGGAAACAUGCAAUGUACUAAUAUAUACCAUGUACUGUGCUGUUCAUGGGAUCCUAGAGGAACGAAUGCUAGUCAGGUUCUGAGGAAGAUUAUGCAAACAUGUCUAAACACAGCUUCACAAAAUGGGUACUCAUCCAUCGCUUUCCCCGCUAUUGGUACUGGUGGAUUACAAUUUCCAAGAGAUGCAACUGCUAGAAUAAUGUAUGAAGAAGUCACUUCUUACAGCUCUAACAAUCCUGCCAGUUCAAUUUCUAAUAUAUUAUUUGUAGUAUAUGACCAAGACUUCCCAACAAUACAGGCAUUUGAAGAUGAGAUCGGAAGACUGACUGGGGUGCCAUUGAAGAAACGACAUGGCCAUGGCAGUGGUGGAAGUGCUGCUGCUAGUAGGACUGGUGCCAACAGCUCUGCAUAUGGUGGUUUUACUCCAGUGAAACCAAAAAAGAAGAAAGGAAAAGUUAGUCCUGGACAAACAUUCCAGGGAGCUUCAGGUUAUGCAGCAUCAGCUUCUAGAGGUGAAGCAGAAGAUACGCUUUAUAUGCAAUUUAAGGAGAAGCCAGGGGGGUCUGGUGACUGUCAAAUGAUGGUUGGAAAUGUCUUAGUGCAAUUACAGAAAGGUGAUAUUACAAAUGAAAUGACUGAUGCUAUUGUGAACAGUUCCAAUGUUAACCUAGACCUCAGACAAGGUGCAGUAUCUCAAGCUAUUUUGAAAAAAGGUGGAGGGUCGAUUGUGGCAGAAUGUCAGAGAUUAGGUAGACAACAAGAGGAUUCUGUUGUCAUGACAAAUGCUGGCAAUAUGAAAUGUACUAAGAUAAUUCAUAUGAUAACACCAUACAGGAAGUUAGAAGACAGUAUAAUUGAGAUGUUGCUGUUUGCUGAGAAACAGAGACUGAGUUCUAUUGCUAUGCCUGCAGUUGGAACAGGAGCCCUUGCAAUUCCUCCGAAAACAGUUGCUCAUAUAAUCUUGGAUGCUAUUGGUGACUUUGUACAACAAAACAAUCCAAAGUUCUUAAAAGUUAUUAGAAUUACAAUAUUCCAACCACCACUAGUUGCAGUAUUCAAUAAAGAAAUGAAGAGUAUGAUUGGCACCCCUAUGAAAGACACCAGAUCGGUGAUAGGGAAAGCAUGGGGAAGUUUCAAAUCUUGGGUUGGUGCUUCUGAUAACCCUCCCAAAAAGGACUUUGCCAGGAUGGCCGACACUAUUAUUUUAUAUAUAUAUGCUGAAAGUAAGAACGAUAUUGAUGCAGCUAUUACCAAAAUAGAGAAUUUAAUGGCCACUGAGUUCAUUGACACUACCAUUUCGAAGGAUACAGUUAUGAAACUCACAGAUGAAGACAUGUCUAAAAUAUACCAAGUAGCUGAACCCUUAAAGAUUGUAUUUCGACAAUAUGUAAUCCUUAAACAAACCAUGGAUGCUAAAAACAAACAAGGAACAAACAACGAAAGGAUUCUAUAUCAUGGCACGAGUAGUGACAGUGUUGGUAAAAUCAAUACUGGUGGGUUUAACAGAAGCUUUGCUGGUAAAAAUGCAACUUAUUAUGGUGCUGGCAGCUAUUUUGCUGUGGAAUCCAGCUAUUCAGCAAGUAAGACCUAUUCACCUGUAGAUCCUAAUACUGGUCAUAAGCAUGUCUACCACUGCAAAGUGUUAACUGGUGAAUUUACUACAGGUAGCCAAGGACUGCUUGUACCACCAUCUAAGAAUCCAAAUGAUCCAACAGAUUGUUAUGAUAGUGUUACAGAUAAUGUCCAAAGUCCUACACUCUUUGUUGUCUUUAACGAUGCUAUGGCUUAUCCUGAGUACCAUAUUACUUUCACAUAA